GGAAAAAAGGAGGAGGAUAAUACCAUUAACCCACCACCAGUUUCGCCUCCAUUUCGGUUCCUCUUUACCCACUUUGCUUUCUUUAUCUUUCUGCCUUUAUUUCGAUCCAUCUCGCGCAUCAUAAACUCCUGUUUUGGGACACUACAGCUGCAGAAUUGGUGUGUUGUUGCUUUGGUGAUAUGGAGUGCAUUGAAGCGCGUGCGCUGAAAUCGAGUUUCCUCUCGACGCAAAUGGCCUUGAAAGCGAAUUCCGAGGUGUUCUACAACGACGAUGUUUGGUGUUUGACUCGGAUUAACAGCGUCGCUUCUGAUGAUUUCCCCGUCGAGGAGCUGCUUAACCUGGAUUUCUCUGACAAGGAGCUUCAGGAUGGGAGUUUUUUCCAGGAAGAUGAAGAAGCCUCGGACAAAGGAGUUUCGCAUAUUUCUUCUUCGUCUUCCUCCUUCUCCGGCGCCGACGAGCUUGAUAGCCUUUCCGUCGGAGAACUGUCAGUUCCGAUGGAGGAUUUGGAGAACCUGGAGUGGCUUUCUCAAUUUGUGAACGACUCUGCGUCGGAGCUCUCCUUAUUGUAUCCUUCAGGAGGUUUCACGGCGAAACCUGCCGUGAAGUCGGUGGAAGCGGUAAAAACGCCGCCGCCUUUUCCGUCGAAUAUUCCGAGUAAGGCUAGGAGCAAACGGUCGUGGAGGCCGAACACCAAGCCGUUGUUUCUGGCGUCGCCGCCUCGUAGCGCCGGCGACUCUUUCUCAACGCCGUCGUCGUCGUCUUCACACGGUUCAUCCACUGUACCACCUUCUUUUGUGCUCAUGUUUACCGGCGUUGAAAAGCCGCCGCCAGCGAAGAGGCAGAAGCGAAAACCGGAGGCCGACGCCGCAGCCAUCUCCGGCCGGCGGUGCACGCACUGCCAAGUCCAGAAGACCCCCCAGUGGCGAACCGGACCGCUUGGCCCGAAAACGCUCUGCAACGCUUGUGGCGUCCGGUUCAAGUCCGGCCGGCUUUUCCCAGAGUACAGACCGGCGUGUAGCCCCACUUUUUCGCAGGAGAUUCAUUCAAACAGUCACCGGAAAGUUUUGGAGAUGCGCCGGCGGCGGGAGGAGACCGUGCCGGCCGACGAACCCGGUUUAGCUCCAGCGGUUCAGAUUGAGAGUGCAUGAUUGAUUAGCUAUAAUUUUGAAAAACCGGCCGCCGUAGAAACGUUCAAUUUUGGUGGUUGGGUUGUAGGGUCAGGCAGGUAGCCGUAGAGGCUAGGAACUAGGCAGGCAGGCAGGCUCUGAACAUGGUCGUUUUUUUCCUUGUAAUAAUUCAUUUUUUUAA